AUGCAUACGACGAUCAGGCAGCCAUCAAGCGUGGAAAUGUCGGAAGAUUGCGUUUACAUCCGGAUAAAUAACGACUACGACCCGCUGCCGAUGUCGACGCCCAACAUCCAACCCGGUUUGCGCACCUAUCGACGCCAUGUGUACAUCGCCGCCGGAAUGCUGCUGGUCACCGUCUGGGCGUUGAUGCUCUACCGAAAAGGCAACUACACGCCCGAAAAUUUUGCCGACGCGCCGCACCACUUUGUGAUUGCCGUCGCGAAUGCGAAGCCCGAAGAUUUGAUAAAAUAUAAAGCAUCCCACCCCUACCGCGAGAUCCUCUCCUAUCGGCUGAAGCCGGGCCGUGACUUUUUCGAGGUCUUCAUCAACGAGACCGCCCAUUUGAUGCCAAUCUCCGUCUACAAAAAAGAAGGAGACGUCUUCUACCCGGUUGACGCGACGUUCCACAAUCGGCUGUGGCGCAACUCGAAGAAGUUGGAGUGUUUGAUGGGGCACCCGGAUAUGAAAGGCGUCGAGCCGAAGCUGCUGCCAAAGGAUCUCGAGUGGCUGGCCGCCUUCCGCGACCUGUGCUUCGAGCAAGCCGUCAUCCCGUUCCUCGCCAAGCGCACGCUUCUGGGCUGGCGUCGCCAGUGCGCCCUGCUCCCCGCCGCCGGCGGCUUCGAUCUGAACGUGUUCGACGAGGAAUUCCCGGAUGCCCUAAUUGCCGAUGAGGCAAAGCUGGCCACGAGGCGCUUGCGGGUUGAGCACACGUUUGGAAAACGGAGAUCCGGCACCUAUGAGGUGCACCUGACUUCGAUGGAGCCAGCGGCGCGCCCCUUCGAGAUCCUCCUCAACCCGAUGUACAACGGAAAUGACGGCUACAACUUUGAGACGAUGAUCACCGGGGAGGGCGACGACGCCGUGCUGUGGGACCUCGAAUAUCCAUGGUUCGUGAAAAAUUUCUGCACGGCCGCGCUACAUGGCCACAUCUUCCAUGUGCCCUGCGACCCGUACCAGCUGAUUCUGGCAAAUUACGGGCCGAACUGGGACGAUAUCGAUGACUAUAAGUUGAAGAACGCACGGAAACUGGGUCCGCUGAAUGACCGGAAAUGGCAGCGGCCGAAUGUU